GCCAUGCCGGAACCGCGCGGGUCGUCGUCUCCUCUGCGGGUGAACGCGGCUUUCGCCGCCCGCUACGGCCGCUACCGGGAGCGCGAGGAGCUGCAGCGGCUGAAGGAUCGCUACGGGGACCCGGACAGCGGCGGCUCCGGCUCCGACUCCGACUCCAGCGACGAGCUCGUGGCCUUUGACCCCCAGCAGGAGCGAGACUUUUACAGGACGCUGUCCUUGUUGAAGAAGAAAGACCCUCGCAUUUAUCAGAAAGAUGUCACCUUCUAUCAGAGAACAGCAUCAUCUUCAUCCUCCGAGAGUGAGGAGGACCCAGGGGCGUCUGAGAAGCAGAAGAAAGCGAAGCCCAUGUACUUGAAAGACUAUGAGAGGAAGGUCAUCUUGGAGAAGGAAGGCAAAUACGUUGAUGAGGAGAACUCUGAUGGGGAACCCUCUGAUCAGAGACUCAAGCAGAACUUGUCAGAGACUUAUGUGGAAGAACAGAAGCAGCUCAAGGAAAGUUUCCGGGCAUUCAUAGAGGACAGCGAAGAUGAGGACGGCACUGGGGACAGUGGCUCUGGGUUACUGAAAAAACACACUAAAACCAAGGAGGAAAAGGCCCAAGAAGAGGCUGAUUAUGUUGAGUGGCUGAAGGGACAAAAGGAGAUUCAGAACCCUGAGUCCACGAAGGAAUUGGAACACCUCAAGGAAUACUGGAACAACCCAGAGCUGGACGAGGGAGAGCAAUUCCUUCGGGAUUACAUCCUCAACAAGCGCUAUGAGGAGGAGGGAGAGGAGGAUGAGGAGGAAGAGGAGGAAGAGGAAGAGGCCCCCGGCCCCCCGGUCCAGCUGGCUGUGGACGACUCCUCGGACGAGGGCGAGCUCUUCCUGAAGAAGCAGGAAGACUUUGAGCAUAAGUACAACUUCCGCUUCGAGGAGCCGGAUUCGGCCUCGGUCAAGACAUUUCCACGGAACAUAGCUUCCUCGGUGCGCCGCAAAGACGAACGCAGGAAGGAGAAGAGAGAGGAGACGAGGGAGCGGAAGAAGAGGGAGAAAGCCAGAAAGCAGGAGGAGCUGAAGCAGCUGAAGAACCUGAAGAGGAAGGAGAUUCUAGCCAAACUGGAGAAACUGAGGCAGGUGACAGGCAAUGACAGGCUGGGUCUGGAAGAGCAGGACCUAGAGGAUGACUUCGACCCCGGCCGGCAUGAGCAGCUCAUGCAGAAAUGCUUCGGAGACGAGUUCUACGGCGCAGCGGAGGAGGAGAAGCCACAGUUCGAGGAAGAGGAAGGGUUUGAAGAUGACUGGAACUGGGACACGUGGGCCGGGGCUGGGAGCAAGGAGGAGCCACACUGCGAGGACGCUGACUUCAACAUGGAUGCGGACUACGACCCCCACCAGCCCCGCAAGAAGAAGCGGGAAGCCCCCGCCACGGGCAAGAAGAAACGCAAGACGCCCUUCGCAGCGGCCGUGGGGCAGGAGAAGCCGGUGUUCGACCCCGGGCACAGCACCUUUGAGCAGUACCUAGACGAGUACUACCGCCUGGACUACGAGGACAUCAUCGAUGACCUGCCCUGCCGCUUCAAGUACCGCUCCGUCAUCCCCUGCGACUUCGGGCUCAGCACCGAGGAGGUCAGGGUCCUGGAGGGGGGUGGGGGGCAGUAG